UGGAGUUUACCGAACACUAAAUAGACUAAAUACACUAAAUAGAGCUUUGCUUUGCUUCUUUCAAGUUUGAACACCCCCGUCCAUCACCUCCAAUUUGAUUGGCCAUCCCUUAAGCGGGAUCCACCCUCCACAGUAUCUGACGGCUUUUGACCCCUCUCUGUCCCAUUCAAAGGGUCCCAGGUUAUCCCACGUGUAUUGUCCCCACCCUCACUCAGUCGUCAGUCCCCACCUUUUGUCCCUUCCCGUUUUAUAUCGUCAAGUCAACCAAAACCGAGACAGAGCCUACUCUGAGAUCUCUCCAUCUCUCUCUGAUGAUACGAUGUCGUUUCCCGGCCAAUUAUUUUCCUUCCCAACUUUGCCGGAUGAUCUGGACCCGGAUCUGAAUGACCCGCUCCACAAUCUCAACACGGUCCGAACCCGAUUGGACUCCCUCCACCUCUUCCUCACCCAAUCCAUCACCAACAACGCCCCGCUAACCCACCACCAGACGGACCAAGUCUCCGCCGCCAUCUCCUCCGCCGUCCACCAAAUCAUCUCCAGCGGCUCCGCCCUCCUCGCCUCCUCCCGCAACCCGCAACUUGACCCGACCCGGUCAUUCAAGAAAGAAAAGGAGGUCAACGACGACGGAGAUUCGGAGAUCGUGGAGCUCGACGCGGUGGAGCUGCUGGUGGAGCACGUCCACUACUGCGAGGUCUGCGGCAAGGGGUUCAAGCGCGACGCCAAUCUCCGAAUGCACAUGAGAGCUCACGGCAGCCAGUUCAAGACUCCCGAAGCCUUAGCCAAGCCGCAGAAGAGCUCCUCCUCCGCCGCCGCUGAGGUGGGUACCGGGAACCGGAACACGCGGUUCUCGUGCCCCUACGCGGGCUGCAACCGCAACCAGGCCCACGCGAGAUUCCGGGCGUUGAAGUCGGUGAUGUGCGUGAAGAACCACUUCAAGCGGAGCCACUGUCCGAAGACACACACGUGUAAUCGUUGCAAUAAGAAGAGCUUCGCGGUGGCGGCGGACCUGAGGAACCACGUCAGGCACUGCGGCGAGGAGGCCAGGUGGCGCUGCACGUGCGGCACGAGGUUCUCGAGGAAGAGCAAGCUGUUCGGGCACGUGGGGUUGUUCGAGGGACACAUGCCGGCGGUGGUGGAGGACGAGAAGGGCGCCGGGAAUUGUGGGGUGAGGGCUAUGGAGGAGGAUGAAACGACGGCGUUUAAUGGGGAGGGUUCGAAUUUGGUUGAUGAGGACGAGUUGUUUAGUGGGUUGGGAAUGAUUGAAGGGUGUUGGUUUGAGGAUUUGUUUGUGGAUUUGUAACAGUGAUGAUGUUGAUGAUGAUUAGGUACAUGCUUGACUUUGGUCUUUAAUAUGUUGUUGUUUUUAGAUUAUAGAGCUCUGUAUAUGCAGUGUAAUAAUUUUUUUGAUUAGAGAUUUGGUAAAGCAUGUUGAAGAUUUAAUCUUUUUGUUGUAAUCUCUGCUGCAGUUGACAAAAAUAAAAAAGGAUUUGUUCU